AUGGCUGCCGCGCACAAGGCCCUUCGUAGGGACAGUCCUGUCAGCCCGACCUUCGACUCCUCCUCGCAGCACGGCAUGUCAUAUAAUCCUUCCCAGCCGGUUUCAGGCACCGCCGUCGCACAGCCCUUGGCCCACCACCUGGAUGGCCACGACCUGCACCCCGGACUGCCCGCCUAUCCCGCCGACUCUGCAAAGACUCUCCACGACAAGCGCCGCCACUCGCGAGGCAAGAUCCAUCCCCAGAUCAAGCGCUCCUCCUCCACGCCUCACAUGCGCGCCCUCGCCCUCGGAGAGUCGAGUCCCAUUUCCCCCAAUUCAGACAAACGCCGCAACAAGCUGGGUUACCACCGCACCUCCGUCGCCUGCGGACACUGCCGUCGAAGGAAGAUAAGAUGUCUUCUGGCCCCGGAUGACCCGCAGGGGCGGUGCUCAAACUGCAUCCGCCUCAAGAAGGAGUGCAACUUCUACCCGGUUGAGCAGCAGAACCCGGGAGAGUCGAGAUCGCAGGCUGCCAAAAGAGGCAGCGUGUCACAGGUCGCUUCUUCCUCGUCGUCCUCGUCUCCUCGCGCAUCCAACGCGUCUGGGCACGAAGCGAUUGAGGAAUACAACUCAUUCCAGCCCAUGGGGUCCGGUGAGCCCCCUCCCGGUUUUGCCGUCACUUCAGAGAUGGACGGGCCUCUUGACAUCAAGGCGGGCGGGACCGUUCCCCAGCAAACCCCGUUCCCGUACUCUCCAAACUUCGACGUGACUACGUGGGGCCAGGGCUACCCGAGUCAGACGCCGUCCGACGGCCAUUCGGAGGCUUCUUCGGUCGCGUACUGGUCAGCGACAGGAGCUCCGGUAUCAGCAUCCUUCUUCACCGAGCCCGUCGGCAUACAGGGCCAAUCGGGCCAGGAAUCGUCCCACGGCCAGCUCGCACAGCCGCAGUUCCCACCGCCCAACCAGCAAAUGUGGCCCGGGGGAGUCGCGCGGUCAAUGUCUUACGGAGGUCCGGAGUCGAUGCCGCACGAUUUCCAACAAUUUCCGCACUCGGGUCACUUGGCCGUGCAGCAACAAAGACAUACGACCCACGAGCUGGGUUCUUCAGGGCCUCCAAACGCAGCGGUGCCAACAUCGAUGGCGGCUUGGCAGCCGUUGAUGCCCCCGGGUUCGGAGGGCAUGCAACCGGGCCCGGUGCAGCCGUACAACGCCCCGUGGUUCGGCGAACCGGCACAAUUGGGAUCACUGGAAGAAGAACACAACUACGCGUAUCACCACCCUUUUUGA